AUGGCUCAGUAUCCAGACGAAAGUCUAUCUUUAUGUAAUGACCUUAAACUUCAUUAUCAAAUGAAGCAACAGAAUUUAACAGGAAGAAAAGAAUUAGGAGAAUUCUGCGAACAGUUUGCUUAUGAACCAGGUAUUAAAUAUCCUGCUAAAACUAGAAAGAUUUCUCAUAAGAAACGGUCUAAACCUAUCCGACGAAAGUCACAUAAGACAUAUCCACCGAAACCUAAUAAGAAGUUUUAUUCCAACAAAGCUUCAAAUACAGGAAAAAGUAAAGGAAAAUCUAAAUCAGAAAUUAAAUGCUAUAAGUGUGGCCAAAUUGGUCACUAUGCGAACCGAUGCAAAUCUAAAGACAAGACCAAGAUUAAUGAGUUGAAUCUUGAUCCAGAUAUUAAAAGACAACUUCUCCAAACAAUAGAGGAAGAAUCAACCGAAGACGAGUCUCCUUCCGAAGAUGAAAUUAAUGAAUUAUUUUCACCCUCCAGUAGUAACGAUGAACAAGAUGAAUUUGCUUGCCCUUGUUCAACCAACCAGGACCAACUGUCAGAAAUCAAUUAUUGGAAAUCAAUAGUUGAAGUGAAUGGUUUACAUUUAGGUGAACCUAGCAGUAUUAAUGUUUUAGCUGAUGCACAAAAAGAUAUGCUGCCAGUAGCAGAUCAAAUCCAGGAUCCAGAAAUAAAGAUUAAAUAUCUAAAAAUGUGUUAUGAACACCAACAAACAGUUCAAGAACAACCUUUAAUACCAGUACAUUCUUACAAUCUUCAAGAUGUGUUUAAAGGAAUCCAGACUCUAAAUUCUACCUCUGUAGAACAACCCACAACAAUUCAGGAUUUAAAAAUGGAAAUAAAUAUUUUAAAAACAGAAGUCAAACAUUUACAGACAGCCAGUGCAGCUACUAUUAAAGAUAUUAAAUAUCUACAUAAUCAGCUUAAAUCAAAGAAAUCAGAAACUGAAGCAGUAAAAUCUGAAGACCAGUAUUUACUACUUGUUAAUCAAGUCACUUUCCAGAAAUGGUAUAUCAAAAUUUCCUUUAUGAUACAACCAGACUUUUGGAUCAAAGAUGCUAUCGCUUUAGUUGAUAGUGGUGCAGAUAUGAACUAUAUUCAGGAAGGCAUAGUUCCUACCAGAUAUUUCCAAAAGACUACUCAAAGUCUAACCAGUGCAAGUGGAAAUUCACUCCAGAUCAGAUACCCGAUUCCGAACAAAAAGGAUCUUUUAGAUCGAUUACAGGAUGCUAUCAUAUUUUUGAAAUUUGAUCUUAAAUCGGGAUAUUGGCAAAUCCAAAUUGCAGAACAGGAUCGUUAUAAAACAGCGUUUACAGUACCCUUUGGACAUUAUGAAUGGAAUGUAAUGCCCUUUGGUCUUAAAAAUGCUCUAUCAGAAUUUCAACAUAUCAUGAACGAUAUUUUUACUCCUUAUACAGAAUUUGCUUUAUCAUAUAUUGAUGAUGUUUUAAUAUUCACUUCAUCAAUUGACCAGCAUCUAAAACAUCUUAAUAUUUUUAAGAAUGUUAUUAUCAGAAAUGGAUUAGUUAUUUCCGCACCAAAAAUGCAAUUGUUCCAAACAACAGUUAGAUAUUUAGGACAUAAUAUCUCCAAUGGAAGUAUUAUUCCUAUUAACAGAAGUAUUAAGUUUGCCUCGAAAUUUCCCGAUGAAAUUAAGGAUAAAACUCAAUUACAAAGAUUCUUAGGAAGUCUUAAUUAUAUCAGAGAUUAUUAUUAUCAGUUAUCAGCAGAUGCUAAUGUUUUGUAUACCAGGUUAAGGAAGAAUCCGCCACCAUGGAAUGAAGAACAUACUUUAGCUGUUAAACGAUUGGGUGGGAUAUUAAAACAGUUUAAUCCCAAUACCAAGAAAGAGAAAUUAUUAAGAUUCCAUUCUGGUCAUUGGAAUAAAGCCGCUUCUAAUUAUCCAACAAUUAAACAGGAAUGUUUAGCCAUUAAAUCCACUCUUGAAGAGGAAUGA